AUGGUUUGUGUGAGAACUCCGAAGUUUUCUAUUAGGCUAAAUGGGUCUUUACAUGGGUUCUUCAAUUCAAAAAGGGUGCUGAGACAGGGAGAUCCAAUGUCUCCUUUGAUGUUUGUUUUGGCCAUGGAGUACUUAUCGAGAAUCUUGAAAAAAAUUGCAAGGGAUAAGGAGUUUCGGUUUCAUGAGAGAUGUGAGAAUCUACAACUCAAUCAUCUUUGUUUUGCUGAUGAUGUGCUUCUAUUUUCUCAUGGUGACUUUAAAUCGGCUUAUAAAUUGCAUCAAGGAUUUGAGUUAUUCUCUCAAACUUCGGGUCUUCAAGCUAAUUAUGCUAAAUCGGAGCUCAUAACCAGCGGUAUUCAGGAAGUGGAGGUUCAAAGAAUUCUACUAAUGUCCAAAUUCCAGCGAGGUAACCUUCCUUUUCGGUAUCUUGGUGUUCCCGUUAGUGCAAAUCAUUUUUCCUACAGUGAUUUUGUUCUUCCUAGGAGAGUUAUGUGUAGAAUUAAUGAGAUUUGUAGAGGGUUUUUAUGGAAGGGUGUUGUUGAGUUUGGAUGGCUGGGGAAUGCUGCAUGGGAAGAUGUUUGUCAAAGCAAGUAUAAAGGAGGCUUGGGUAUUCGAAAUUUUGAUCUGUGGAAUUUAGUAGCCUUAGGAAAAUAUGUUUCGGAUAUUGCAGCGAAAAAGGAAAAUCUGUGGGUUAAAUGGAUUCACUCGGUUUAUCUUAAGGGAGAAUAUUGGUGGGAUUAUGAGGCCUCCUUGCAAGCUAGCUGGAAGAUGGGGUUCAUCUAUUUUUCUCCUGUUGUUAUAGCAGGAGAUGUAUCACUGAGAUUAAACUUUGGCUGGUCUGAUUGGUGCCCCUGUUGGGUUGCAGUUGAUGUACACGUUCAUAUUGCUAAUGUAGUUGGUGUUUGA